UUUACGAUUAUCUAAAUGUAGCACUUCGUUUGUGCUUAUAAUAUUCAUAGUUCAAAUGGCUCCUAAACUGUAUGGAGAUAUCAGAAGUCCAUGUGUGAGAGCAGUUCUACUAACUGCUAAGGCACUUAAUAUUUCACUAGAAUACAUUCCUAUAGAUGUCGUCAAAAAAGAACAUCUGACGAAAGAAUAUUUGAAGAUAAAUCCAUGUCAUACCGUUCCAGCUUUAAUAGACAAUGGUUUCACUUUAUGGGACAGUCAUGCAAUUAUGAUAUAUUUGGCUGAAACAUAUGGCAAUAAUAAUCCCAUAUAUCCUAAAGACAUUAAAAAACAAGCAAUAAUUAAUCAAAUGCUACAUUUUGAAAAUGGUAAAAUUUUCUCUAUACACGUCUACAUAGCUGACCUCCUGUUGCAUAGAGGAAUAAAAAAAAUCCCAGAGGAAGCCGCUACGCGUCAAAUACAAGGUUAUGAAUUCGUUGAAACAUUUUUAACGAAUUCAAAAUUCAUAGCAGGACAUGAACUCACAAUAGCCGACUUCAGUGCUUGGACCUCACUCUCAGAUUCCAAUUUACUCGUACCAAUCGAGAAAAACAAAUAUCCGAACAUAAUAAAAUGGGUUGAGACACUGGAGCAACUAGCUUACGGUGAUAUAAACAAGAAAGGUGUAAUGGAAUUAGCAAAACUAUUCAAUACAAUUCAAUUACAAAAAGAAAGUGACCAUAAUCUUAGAGUUUGAUCUACAACACACAUAGGUUUUAAAGUUUUACGCUUCUUAUUUUGAAUUAUAGAAAAUAUUUGUACACAAACAA